UAAUGUAUAAUAAUAUUUUAAACUAAUUUCGAAAUUAGUGAAAAUAUUUAAAUAUAGUUUCGAAAAUGAAGAUCCGAAAAUGAAGAUCUUGUAAAAAUCUUUUCAAACAGAUUUGUUAGACUUUUAAAAUAAAUAUAUUUAUAUUUAAAAUGAAAAGAUAUCAAAAGAUAUUAUGAUUAAAAUAUUUUAAAUUCUAUUUAUUAUUAGUCUGAAUUAAAAUGUAGUAUGAAUUUUUAUGAAUAGGUACAUUAGGUCAAUUUUAAAAAAAAAUCACACAUGAAUCAAGGUUGUGACUUCUGUUUUAAUAUAUAAGAUAUGCAGUGGAUAUAGUCCGUGAAAAGGGAAAAUUAGGUUGAGAGUAGGAACCGGAAACAAAAAAACACAUACAAUAAUGUUGUGGGUUUUUUUUAAUAUAUCGCAAAUGAAUUAUGAUAACAUUUUCUAUGACUAAACUCCGAUAAACAUUUUUUUAUAUAUAAAAAGCUGAUACGUUUGUUAUUAUAAACUUUGAUGAAACAUUAUUGCUAGUGAAUGAUUUGAAUUAUAAUCUUAAGUUUAAAAUCCCAAAAGAAUUUUUAUUUAAUACUUUUACACCAAAUAAAAACUCAAGAUUAAUAUAAAUGUGUUUCAUACAACAUUGUUAAAAAAUUGUUAAUGUUUUUUUACUGAAAAUUUGAAAUUUUUUUCUUAAAAAUGUUUUAAAUUUAUAAAUAUAUUACAGAUGCUAUUUAUAUCAACAAUAAUAUACAAGGAAUUUACUAAGACAAUAUAUCAUCAUCUAUUUAGAUGAAAUAGUGAUAUGCUUUAACUAAAUUUAAUGUCUUUAGUUUCCUAAAAUAAUAUAUAUUUUAAUGUUGCUCAAAUUUUAAGAUGGUUUUCCAUAAACAAUAUCCAAUUGCUAUAUAGUCCAAAUUAAUAAAAUUUGAGUUUAGUUUAUUACAUUUUAAUUAGCAGUUUACUAGCUAAUUGCAUGCAUAUUAGUAUAUUGUUUAAUAUAUUGAAUAAAUGUGAAGACGACGUUUUUAAAAAUUAUUUUCAAUAGUUUAUUCAUGCUGAUGUAAAUGAUUGUUGGGCUUUCCUUUUCUCAUUCAGCUAUUUCUUUUUGGUUAUUACAUAAAGCUGCAUAAACCUAAUCGACGGUGAUAUCUUAGACAUAAUUCAGUUUAAGGGAACCCUUAAACUCUUGUCAUAUAUAUCAUGAGCGUUGUCCAUUCCCUUUUGUUUCUGGAACUAUACACAUUAUUUCUCUUUUAUAUGUAUUUUUUGUUGUCUCGCAUCUCAUAUCUAUGGUCACGGACUCACGGGGAGUAAUUACUACCUCUCAAAAAUGUCCGUGCACUUACUUAUUUUAGAAUUGCCUAUAACGGAAUAAACAUUGUUCUGCCUGCACAACACAUAUAUAUAUAUAUAUAUAUAUAUUCAUUUUUAUCCUUUUCUUAUAUUUUUUUUGUUAAAGAACUUUUUCUUAUUUUUACUAGUAAAAUUCCGCCAACCUUGAUUGUUUAAUUCAAGUUACGGAUGAUAGAAAUGAGAAAUGGUUUUUCAUAGAUGUAACAUACGAAUAGAAUAAUGUAAUCGAUAAGAGAUGUACAAGAGGUCAACAUGGGCCAUCCCUUUCCCGCACUCUCACGUAUCUGUCUGCCUCGUUUGUUUUGGCAGAUUACAUCGUCGCAUAUGCCUGCACGUAUUUGAUCAGUUGACCUUCAUCACUCUAUGUUUUUUUUUUAUAUCCACACUUUCUACAGUUUGAUCACUAUUUGCGACUGUACCUUUGUGUUUUUAAUGUUGAUGGCAUGUGAGAGAGGAUCAAAGUUUCUAAUAUUCAAAUACAUUAAGAAUUGGACUAAUUGUCUCUUCCCCUGCAUCAUAUCGUCCAUAUAUCAAAAUUAUGUUUAUAGACAACCAUUAUAAUUUUUCCUAUAUAAAUGACUUAAUUUUGGAGGAUAUUUCAUGUGUUGGAUUAUAUAACGUCAAGACACAACUAAAAUAUAAACAAUUUAGAACCUAAAUUGUAUUAAACCAUGUCGCCAGAUUAGCAUCUUAAGACUGUUUCUAAAUGGCAAUUGACAAACAAUAACAAAUCUUAAACAACUUAUAAUCAUCAAGCCUAUAUUUUGAAUAGAAUGUACACACUUUUCCAGAGGAUAAUCAAGUUGUGCCGAAACUGGAUGCAUAUGUGGUAGUGGAUGCUUGAGCUAAUUAUUCUUUGCCAGGACUUUUCUGAUAUAAAAGUUCACAUUCGUCCCAAAAAUUCAUUUACAAUCAUGUAGUUUUAAUUUCUAUUAAUAAUUAAUAUUGGGGGCAGUUAAAGAAAUGACGUUAGAUAAAGGUCAAGUUGCCAUUAUAUAAAUCUCUUAUAUAAACCCCUUCAGUAAUCAAUAAAAUAUCAUAAACUAAUAAUCACUCACAAUUAGUAAAUAAUCACUCAACACCGUGAAAAUGGCGGACUCUUCCUCCUCCACCGUAACGGAUUUAAUCUCCACUGUCCAUCAAGACAUCAUAGAGGUUCACAUCCUCACGCGCCUCGACGGUCCAACCCUAGCCUCCCUCUCCUGCGCCUCCACACUCCUUCACAAGCUCGCGUCCAAUGAACUCCUCUGGUCCAAAAUCUGCCGGUCCACGUGGCCUUCCACCGCCACCAUCUCCGAUGAUCCCCGUUCUUUUUUCUCCGACGUGUAUUCGGUUCUUGACACUGGUGGUUCAGUUUCUGAUCUCGACCAUCCCUUUCCAGAGCUGAUCUCCGCCGUGGAUCUGCACUACAGAGGGAAGUUGAUUCUCAGUAGAAUCGUGAAGACGGAGACGACUACGGCGUGGUUCCUUAGCUCGCCUCUGAGCAUCGAUCUUGUUGAUGCGAAGGACACUGUGGAGACGCCGAUCAAGCGAGGACGGUGGACGGAAGACACGUGUCGUGAUCUAGAGCAGGAUUUGACUUUGAGCUGGAUCGUGAUCGAUCCGGUCGUAAAGCGUGCGGCGAAUCUGUCGAGUCACCGGCCGGUGUCCGUGCAGAGGAACUGGCUAAGCGGUGAAGUGGAGGCGAAAUUCGCGACGGUGGUGGGAUCGGUGGAGUGUGUGAUCACGGUUGUCACGUGCGGAGAGGAGAUGCACGUGAAGGAGGUGAGCCUUAAGGUGGAGGAGAUGGAGGGAACGAGUUUGAACGGGAAGGACAGUUUGGUCAUUUUGAGGAGUGUAAUGGAGGGUAAGAGGGGCAAUGGAAGAAGGAGAGAAGCGGAAUCGAAGUGGAGACACGAAGAGUUUAUGGAGAAGAAGAGAGAGUUGAAAGAGAAGAAGAUGAGGGUAGAAUGGGUAUUUGAUAUUUUAACUGUCGCUGUUGGGGUUCUAGGGUUUGGAACACUUGUUGGGUUUUGUCUUUGGUCUCGUUAACUUCUAUUUUUAGGUUUUAGUAUUAUCAAUCAAUAUUUAAGAGCCUCUAGAUGAAUCAAAAGCUUUGCAUUAAAACAUAAACAACUUCAA